CAAGACCUGAACUCCGAGCGCCUUGGAUUGUGGGUAAAACAUGUCUGCUCUCUGUCUCCGUACCACGGAUGCUCCUCCGUACCUGAAUCUUCAUUAAACUCAGUGUAAAGUGGAAAAAUAUCUGGCUUUAAAAACUCAACAUUGUCGGUGGAGACAUUAAAAUGUCGGAAAACACUGGGAGCGCACCCGGAAGUGCUCUCAACAGAGCAACAAUGGCUGAAAUCCUGGCGAAGAACUUCGAACGUCUUCCAGACGCUGAUAAGAAGUUCUUCAUGUACGGACCGAUGUAUCUGGGCGGGAACGCGGGGCUCGGAGGAAUGAUAGCCAACAGUUUGUACCGCAGAGCUCUGAAUGUGACGCAGGCGCCCAUCGCCUCCAGCCUGCCGAUGACCGUGUUGCCCUUCUUGACGACGGUUGCCGUGUACAACGCAGCGGUGUGCAGUCCCCUCCUUUCCGGUGACCUCAACUGUCCCACCUGUGCUCUGAUACGAGGUGGGCUGGUCGGUCUGCUCGGAGCCGGGUUGUAUCCCAUCCUCCUGGCCUUACCUGUCAAUGCUGGUCUAGCCACUAGGUACAGCACAGCACCCAUGCCGCAGAAGGGCAAUCAUCUCCGGUUCUGGUGGGAGCUGUCCAGACCCAUCCUGAAGAGAAUGAGGGCAGUUCUGUUGCUGCAGGUCUUCUUCGGCGCUUUCCUCGGCUCGAGGCAUCAUCAAAAGUACAUCCAACUGGCACAGAUGACGUAUACUUCAGAUGGAGAGGAACUCAAAGACUAAAAACUUAAACCUUUCAAAAACCUUCCUUUUGUAUUGACUUGUCAGCAUUUCAUGUGGAAUAAGUGCCCAUUACAAAAGGAAAUGAAGUGUGGACUUCAAUAAAUCACAAUAAAUUAUAUUGAUAAACUGA